UUCUUUUUCCGCCGGCUAAUUGGAAAAACUCAACAAAGAAAAGAAUACGCAUAAUUCUAGCUCACGCAAAAUCCGACGAAUCGCCGACGCGCAAUGGAUCUCCCGCCGCCGCCGCCUAGCUUCGGCCGCCGCCACCACCACCACCACCUCAGGUACGAAAACGUCCUCCGCCCUCCUGAUUUCCUUCCCCCACCCUAUCCCCACCACCUCCCCCCACCACCGCCUCCACCACAAACCCGUUCGUCGAAUAUUCUUCUUCCACCACCGUCGCCGCCGCCUCCCCCUCCUCCACCCCUACCAAUGCGUCACAUGUCGCCAACCCCUCAUCCUCGGCGUUUUGCUUUCUCUCCGCCGCGGUACCCUAUUAUUGAGCGAUCCCAUCAUUACGAAUUCGAUCCACCACCAAAACCCUAUUUCCGCCCCACUCGUCUUCCGCCUCCACCGCCCCCACCUCCGAGAGAAGACAUGCCCUUGCAAAUUGUUCCUGAUUAUCCCAAGAGAAAUCCUUUCUUCGAAUAUGAAAAUUAUUCUCGGGGUCGUAUUGAUGAUAUACGUGAAUUGCCUGAAAAUUGGGAUCGAGAUUUGCGUUGGGGUGCCACGGGAGUUCAUAGCAGGGUUCCCGAGAUUGAUAGAGGGCGUCGUGAUAGAUACCGUGAUGUAAUUCCUGAGAGUCUUGAGUUGUAUAGAAAGAGGGAUGAUGGCAGGAGAUGGGAUAGUGAACUUAGUGAUUGGGGUUCUGACUUGGACAGAAGGAGGGACUAUGAUGAGAGGAGAUGGGAUAGUGGUAGGGACUAUGAUGAGAGGAGAUGGGAUAGUGGUAGGAAUGAUCGGAGUCGUGACUUGUAUAGGGAGUGUGAUUAUGAUGAAAGAAGAUGGGAUAGUGGUAUGAAUGACCGGAGCCCUGACUUGUACAGGGAGCCUAGUUUUGAUGGGAGGAGAUGGGAUAGUGGUAUAAACAAUCAGGGACGCGAGUUGUGUAUUCAGGUGGUGGAUGAUGAUGAGAGGAGACGGGAUUCUAGCAGGUCUGCUGGAGUUUUGUCUCGACUGGGAAACAGGCAGCGAGAACUUUCUGAGAAUGAUCUAAGGUUAGGUGGGGUUUUGUCUCGACGGGGAAACAGGCAACCGGAAUUUGCUGAGGAUGAUUUGAGUUUGGGUGGAGUUUUGUCUCGAUUGGGAAACAGGCAACCAGAAUUUUCUGCCGAUAAUCCAAGUUUGGGUAGAUUUAGUGGUAGGUUAGGGACCGGGGUUAGUAAGGGGGAGUUAAUGUGGCCUGAUAAGAAGAAGAAAUUGCAGAAAAAGAAUACAUUACUUAGGACCCAAUUAGGAAGUCGUAGUAGGCACAGUGGAGGUUUUAAGUCUCAACACUUUGCAAACAACACUAGUAGAGGUAGUUUCAAGGUCAAGGAAAAAGGAUCUGCGAAGAUGCAGACAAGAAUGGAAGUCAAGAGAGAGAGGGAGCAGAGUCCUAUGGAGCUUGCUAUUUCAUUUAAGUCAAAUGCACUUGUGGCGAAGGCUAUUCAGGUGCCAUCUCAUCCAGCUACUGAAUUAAGUGUAAGGUCAAAUUCAGUGGAAGAAAGAAUAGGGUGUAGUGCGUCUGCUUUGCCUGCAGCCAAACAGAAUGUUGUUUCAGAUUUCCAAUUUGAUUCACAGGAAGCUUCAAAAGAGCACACCAGUACAAGGCAGCCUUUGCUUGGAGCUGAUCUGCAGAUGGAAAGAGAUAAUCAUACCUUCAAAGUUGAUGCUUGUAAUCCCUUGGUUCCUAAGCUGAAGAGGAAAAGGAGCAAUUUGAACACAAGACCUGCUUUGUCAUAUGUGGUCCAUAGUGUAAUUACUAAGUGUUCUGAUCAUGCAGGGGGAUUGGUAACUACUACGGAGGAUGCUGAUCGUGUGCACCAGUUGAGAGCUGAUGGGGUCGCACAUCAGGCACAUGAGAACUUUUUACCUAAAGAGAAUUGUGGUUAUGGGGACAGUUUGAACAUCAAUCUGGAUGUGAACAUUUCCAACAAAAAUGUACAUGAUAAAGCUUCUGUAUGUGAUGCAGAUAUGGAUGCAAUUAAGCCCGUUAGCCGAUAUAUUAAGUUUGGUAGUGAUACAGAAGAUGAAGUUAGUGAACAUCCUAAUCUGGGUGAGGCAAUGCAAAUGAAAGAGGAUGCUAUCAUCUCUGAUGUAGCAUUUAAAGAUGCUAACUCAGAGGACUUUUUCCCAAAUCAGCCUGAUACGCCCCAAGUUAUGUUAGAUGCAAAGCAUUUCAGAAGUUUAGAAGGUGCUGCUGUUACAGUUUGUCCAAAUGUUGCUUUUGACAUUUCUGUCAGUUCUUGCAUUCUUUCGGCAAAUAAUAAGGAGACUUUACCUGAGUUUGAAGCAUCUUUUUCUGAUAAUGUGGGAACUGUUCUCUCACAUAAUGUUUACUCUGUGGAAGGAUCUCCCGAGAUGCUAAGUGGCGGAGAAACUUGCUUAUCUAUUGAUAAUUCAUCCUCCAAGGUGAUAACUGACGAAGAAACUUGUGUAUCUGUUGGCCACUCAUCCAAGGAUAUUAGGAAGAGGAAACGUGGAGGUGCUCAGAUGGGUCUUUCUGGUACAAAGACCAAUGUGAAUGUCGAAACAGUUAGAUUCAUUGAUGGUGGAGUUACAAGGUGUUUGGCAAAGGAUAUUGAUCCUGCAAUGGAUGGCGACUUUGCUGAUGAGAAAGAUAGAUGCAAGGUGGUUAACUGCUUACAAGAAGGUCCCUCUGGAGUUGAAGAUUCAGUCCUAGAGGUUGAUUUCACUGCAAAUGGCUCAUUCCCAGGCUACCAGAAGAAGCAGAAACUUUCCAGCCCAAGAUCGAGUCUCUCAUCUCUUUCCGAAGAUGAUACACUUGCAGAUGGGUUCAGUAAUCCCCCAAUUCUUGAGCAGCAUUCCACCAGGCCAUCUGAAUUGGGAGCUGAGCGAAGUGGGAAUACUUCAUCAGCAUCCAUAACCACCACACAAUGCCGAACCACUGAUGUGCGAGGUGAAGUUGGUAUUAAUGACUUAAAUGUCGCAAAUCAGGAUGAGGAUCUGGUAGAUGGUGACGGAUCACUAGGGAAUGAUGAUCUUGCUUUAAUUGCUAGUGGUAUAUCGUGUUCUGACAGAAAUUGUCCCAGUGCUUCUGAUUCUGGGGAUGAAUCGUUAGCGUCUAGCUUUGACAUGCGAUCUUGCAUGUCUUCUCCUGAAGGGCUGCAUGUUUACUCUGAUUCAUGUUUUUUGGGAAACACUAAGACUGAUGCCUGCCUAUCAGAUACUGAAAUGAUUUGUCGGAGUGACAAAAUAUCCAACAAAAAGCAUGUGUUUGCUGAUCCAAAUACCAGUUCUCUUGGGAGAUGUUUCGAGGCAGCUGUUAAAAAAUCACAAACUAAUCCUGGCAUUCCACAAUUUCUACUUAAGGAUACCAGUCAAGUGGUCAAGAAACUUUAUCCAGUACAUGGUAAACUAACUUGGAGUAAGGACCAAGUUCCUUCUGCUGUUACUAAAGUUUUUCCUGUGCAGCAUCCUCCUUUAAAUUUUAGUAAUACGCGGAAAUCAUAUUCUUCUCAUGCUACAAAAUCAAGGACGUGGUGUCGCACUGUUGACUCCACUGCUGCAGUUGUGGAACCUAAAGUAAAACCUCCCAUUCCUCAGAGUAAUGCAACAAAGGCAGCCAGACCUAUACAGAGUUCAUAUAUACGAAAAGGUAAUAGUCUAUUGAGGAAACCCCUGUCAGAUGACACUUCACAUGGAUUCCCUGGUUCAAGUUGCUCAGUUUAUCGGCUAAGUCCUUGCUCCAACACUAUAAAGAAUGACCUAGCAUCUGACUGCAAGACUGGUGAUGCUGAUGCACUAACUCUGAAGAGAACAGGGCAAGUAAACACUUCUGAAAUGACAAAAGCACUGACCAAAAAUCGUAGUGUGAACUCAUUAAGUUUAACUCCUUGCAACUUGGAGGAGCUUUUGCCCGUAAGUAAUCCUCACAGCAAUGGUUGUACUUCUAAGACUUUAGAUGUCAUGGAGGAGAUGAUAAAUUCUUCUCCUGUUCCUGAAUGCCGAACUGAUUCAGUCGUCAACUCAGAUAGCCAAAGUACAGCCGUAGAAGGGAACUCAGAAAAGAAGAUUAUUUAUGUCAAGAGGAGAUCUUAUCAAUUGGUUGCGACUUCUAAUUCUGAUGAUAUAUCUUCAUUAGGGGUGGAUAAUACCCAAUCACGAUUAUCUGAUGGUUACUUCAAGAGUAGGGAAAAUCAGCUUUUAAGAGCAUCACCAGAAAAUCAUGUCAAACGAGGGAAUGAAAAUGCUAUUGCAUCUGGACUGGUGCCUCACUCAGUUAUUCCUAAAACUUCUACAAGGAAGCAAUCUGGUUUUGCCAAGACUUGCAGACAUUCGAAAUUUUCAUUUGUGUGGAAAUUGCAUGAUACGCAGUCUUCAGAAAAGCAUAAGAAUUCUUUGGGACCUCGGAAAGUCUGGCCACAUUUGUUUUCUCCUAAAAGAGCUGCUUAUUGGAGAAAUCUUAUACUGGGUAUAAAACCGUCCCAUUCCAACAUCAGCCAAAAACUGCUGGUGUCAAGAAAGAGAGGUGCACUUUACACUAGAUCAAGUCAUGGGUAUUCUCUUAGGAUGUCGAAAGUCUUAAGUGUUGGUGGCUCUAGUUUAAAGUGGUCGAAAUCAAUUGAAAGGAGCUCGAAGAAAGCCAAUGAGGAAGCUACAAGAGCUGUUGCUGCUGCUGAGAAGAGGAAAAAAGAGGAAAAGGGUGCUGUUCACAUUGCUUCAAAGAGCAGAAAUCAUGUUUCUCGUAAGUGGGUUCUUAGUGUAAAGCUGCGUCCAGGAGAACGAAUAUUUCGUAUUGGUUCAGAACGCUACAGAAUGGAUCCAACAAGGAGGACUCUUCAGAGGAUCACAGCAGAUAAAGAAUCAUCAUCAUCAGUGGCUCUUCAAUCUAAAAAGAAUGUUAAGAGAUCUUAUAUUCCCAGGAGAUUAUUUAUUGGCAAUGAAGAAUAUGUUCGAAUUGGAAAUGGUAACCAGCUUAUUAGAGAUCCAAAGAAACGUGUCCGUGUCCUUGCAAGCGAGAAAGUUCGCUGGAGUUUGCGAACUGCCCGGCUGCGAUUGGCUAGAAAGAGAAAAUAUUGUCAGUUCUUCACUAGAUUCGGAAAAUGCAACAAGGAUGAUGGGAAGUGUCCGUACAUCCAUGAUCCCUCUAAAAUAGUAGUCUGUACAAAAUUCCUAACUGGUUCAUGCACCAAUAUCAACUGCAAAUUGACCCACAAGGUUAUCCCCGAGAGGAUGCAAGAUUGUUCAUAUUUUCUGAAAGGGUCGUGCUCCAAUGACAAUUGUCCUUAUAGACAUGUACAUGUCAAUCCUGAUUCAAGUGUUUGUGACAAUUUCCUCAGAGGCUACUGUGCUGAUGGCAAUGAGUGCCUGAAGAAACACACCUAUGUCUGCCCUGCUUUUGAAGCAACUGGAGUGUGUCCUCAAGCAUCAACAUGCAAGCUACACCAUCCGAAAAAGAAGAUAGAAAAGAAACCAACAAUUGAGCAAAAGGUUGUAAGAGGCCGCUACUUUGAUGGUGGACUAGUUGGAGCUGAUGACUGGAGCACAGCAGCAGCAGCACCGAUAGAGAAGCUCUCCUCGAAAGGUAAGGAUGACAUAGUUGUGCAUGAAGGACAAUUCCCGGAUUAUAUUAGCUUAGAAGUCAGUGAUGAUGAAACGGAUGAAGCACUGGUCUUGGAAAAAGUAUGCGAUGAAAUUCUGCCAGAUGCACAAAAAGAUCAUGGUGUUGAAUAGAUAUAGUGUGUCGUACAUAUCGUCUCCAGCCAUUGGCAGCUGGGAGAUGAACAACAUAGUUGUAAAGGUACAGUCAAUAUUUGUGAAUUGUGAUUUGUGAUCUAUACUUGUAGGUUUUUUAUGUAUCUAAGGUUUAGUAUAGGAUUUUGUAAGAACAAAUUAAGAAAUGAAAUUUGAAUUUAGUUCAA